UUUGCAGCGCUGGCGUAGCGUCACCGCCAUCUUACCUUGUUCUUCUCCUCCUCGCUGUGGCGUCCCCCAAAGUGCGUUAUUUUUAAGACUUUUACACCCUUUGUGAGUAUCAGAACACCUUACAUUGUCCCCUCCCUUUUGGUUUCAACCACGAUACCAACAUUUUUUGACUGAGAAGAAGAAAAGAGAGUAAACAAAUGACAGAGGAACAAACAAGGCGAAAGAAAGGAAGAUAAAAUUAUAUUCCAGUCUUACCAAAAACAAACCUGAGAGAGAGCGAGAGAGAACGAGGAUACCUCCAUUUCUUUCCCUUCUGAGGCGCGCGAGAGAGGGCAUUUACCUACAAGAUCUCCCAAUAAUUAUAAAAAAGAGAAAAUGGCAGCUGAAAUUCCGAGCCCUGGUCUGAGGGCUAGGCCUGUUCCUGAUGUGUUUGCUCCUGGACUCAGGAUGUCCCUGCCACCCAAUUACCGGCAGGUGGCCAUGAUGGGACCACCCCUGCUCCUGGACCCACUCCCACCACGACCUCAUCCUCCUCCACCUCUUCAGGGAACGGAGGCUCAGGGAGUUCGAAAGGCCGCCCUGCAGACCGACUGGCGCGCACCCCUAGCACCCCCUCCUCCUCCAAAGGAGUGGGUGAGGCCAACGUUCCCAGCCCCUUCACGACCCCACACCAUGGCAACCCAGCCUUUAACCCGCAGAAGAUGGGGACUGGGAAGGGGAGUAAGGUACUUAUAA